AGGCCUAUUUGCCAAACGAAAGCUCCGAGUAGAAAACAGGGGGUAAGGAAACGCCAAAGAAGAAAGCUGAAGCCAUGGACUCGCCUGCGCGAAGAAGCGGAGGAGGGCUAUUUGAAGGGCUGUACAGGGUCCUCAUGCGUCGGAACUCUGUGUACGUGACAUUUGUUCUCGUCGGUGCUUUCGCAGGAGAACGGGCGGUGGACUACGGCGUACACAAGCUCUGGGAGUACAAUAAUCUUGGGAAACGGUACGAGGACAUUCCGGUGUUGGGUACAAGGCAGUCUGAAUGAUAAUUAAUCAUUUCUCCUCUCCCAAGUUUCCCAGAAAUUGGACUGUACAUUGGGGGUAGCAACAAUUUUGUUGGUCACGGAAACAUCUUAUACUGAACUUUAAAUUAGUGCUGUGUUCAGGUGACUAAAAUUUCUAAGGACCAAAUUGUAUAUGGAUGGUUGGAUUUAGGGUUUGGUUAAUCUGAAAUUUCACUAAUUU